AUGGGAUCAACAUCAAAUUCAACAAAGAAUACAGGAUCAACAACAACAACAACAACAACAGCAGCACCAGCAACAACAGCAAAACAUUCAAAUUCAGCACCAACAAGACCAUCAGUACAUUAUUAUUCAUCUACAGGUGAUAUUGAAAAGUUAUCAAAUCUUUUGAAUAAUUCAGCAACAUCACCAGAUACACCAGAUUCUGAAAAGAGAACACCAUUACAUCAUGCAGCAUUUUGUGGAUCAGCAGCAUGUGUAAACUUUUUGUUAGAUAAGAAAGCAAAUGCCAACAUUAAAGAUUCAGCAGGUAAUACUCCCUUGCAAUGGGCAUCAAGUAGAGGACAUUUAGAGUGUAUCAAACUAUUGGUAGAAAAAGGUGGAGUGGACGUUAAUACCAAAGAUGAUAAAAAUGGUACGCCACUACACAAAGCAUCAUUAUUUGCAUCAGCAGAAUGUGUACUAUAUUUAUUAAAUGGUAAAGCAGAUCCAAGAGCAGUGACAACCAAUGGUGAAACACCGUUACAUCAUGCAUCUGCUGGUGGUAAUCCACAAUGUGUAGAGUUGUUGAUUAAGGCCGACUCCAAAGUGAAUGCAGUGGACAAUGAUUGUAUCACACCAUUACAUCAAGCUUCAUUUAGUGGUCAUUCAAGUUGUGUAUCAUUAUUAUUGAAAAAGGGCGCAAAAGUGGAUCCUCGUGACAUUCAUGGUAUUUCACCAUUACACAAUGCCGCAUCUGCAGGCUAUGUAGAUUGUGUUGAGCAAUUGGUAAGAAAUGGUGAGAACAUCAAUUGUGUCGAUAUCGAGGGUGUCACACCGUUACAUCAUACAUGUUUCAAUGGUAACCUACAAUUAACCAAACGUUUAAUAGAGUUAGGAGCAAAGAUUAAUAUGGUGGAUGAAAUGGGUGAAACACCAUUACAUAAAGCAGCAUUCAAUGGACAUAAAGAAGUUUGUGAAUAUCUUUUAUAUUUAGAUCCAACAAUGAUCGAUUGCAGAGAUAGUCGUCAAUCAACUUCACUUCAUUUGGCAGCAUUCAAUGGUUUACUUGAUAUGGUAGAUCUACUCAUUCGUUAUAAAGCACAAAUCAAUAUCAAGGAUGAAGAGGGGGCAACACCACUACACAAAGCAUCAUUCAAUGGCCAUUCAUCUUGUGCCAAGCUAUUGGUCGAUAAAGGAGCACCCAUUUGCAUCGUUGAUAGUCAAGGCGCAACACCAUUACAUAAAGCAGCAUUCAAUGGUAGAAGUAAAUGUUUGGCAACAUUGAUCAGAAGUGGUGCUGAAUUGGAGGUUAAAGAUAGUCAAGGUGGUACGCCCCUACAUAAUGCAGCCUACAAUGGUCAUUCGGAUUGUUGUAGAAUCCUCUUGAAAAAGGGUGCAAAUGUUAAUGCCGUCGACACCCAUUCAAGUACACCAUUACAUUUGGCAAGUGCAGCUGGUGCUCGUGAUACAGUGGAUGUGUUAAUUCAAUUUAAGGCACGUAUUGAUGCUAAAAACUUUGCAGGUAAAACUCCAUUGGUUUAUGCCAUCAAAAAGAAUCAUUCCGAUGUGGCUCGUGUUUUAAUUAGAGCGGGUGCAGAUUUAGAUCAAGUUAGUCUACGUUCAUCAGUUGAUUUCACAAAAACCUUUGGUACCGAGAAUCAUGAUGAAAUCUAUCAAAUCGUCAAUAAACGUGAAUCAUCCAAUCAUGAAGUCGAUGAACUUCAAUUGGCUUUGGAACAACAGGCCAAAGAAGAUAUGGAACAAUUGGCCGCAGAGAAACAAAAAUUGUUAUUGAUUAAAGCUGCAAUCGCUCAAUUUAAUAGCCAUCCAAAGAAAGGUAUUGAAUUCAUUGUUGCCAAUGGUGUAAUUAGUGAAAAGAAUCCAAAAGAGGUUGCACAUUUCCUUUUGACUCAUAGUGAACUUUCAAAACAAUCCAUUGGUGAGUAUAUUGGUGAAGGUGAUGAUUUCAACCUUCAAGUACUCCAUGCAUUUGUAGAUGAAUUAAACUUUUUUGGAUUGGAUUUCGAUGUGGCAUUACGUAAAUAUCUACUCACUUUUAGAUUGCCUGGUGAAGCUCAAAAGAUCGAUCGUAUGAUGGAGAAAUUUGCAUCACAAUUCUAUCAACAUAAUCCAGAGAAUAAGGUAUUUGUAAAUCAAGAUGCUGUCUAUGUAUUGGCUUUCUCUGUGAUUAUGUUAAACACUGAUGCUCAUAAUCCAAACAUAAAGAAGAAAAUGACCAAAGCUGAAUUCCUUCGUAAUAAUAGUGGUAUCAAUAGUGGUGAUGAUUUACCACCCGAUUUCAUGGAGAAUCUUUAUGAUAAAAUCGUUACCAACGAAAUUAAGAUGGAGCGUGAUGGUAAUCAAGCAAAUCAACAUGUUGAAAAGAAAGGUUGGUUAACAAAGCAAGGUGGUAGAAUUAAGACUUGGAAGAAGCGUUGGUUCAUAUUGACCGCCAAUUGUUUACUCUACUAUAAGACCCCUCAAGAUCAUGAACCUUGUGGUAUCAUUCCAUUGGAGAAUGUUGUCGUCACCAUCGACCCACAGAAAAAGUUUUGUUUUAUGCUUCAUUCCUCACAGGAGCAAAUGAAAGCUUGUAAAUUGAAUUCCGAUGGUACUUUGGUUCAAGCAAAUCAUGCCGCUUAUUUUAUCGCCGCUGCAAAUAUGGCCGAAAUGGAUAGUUGGGUUCAAUCAAUUAAAUCAAACAUUCAUAGUAAUCCAAACUUUGAACAACUCUUAAAAAGAAAAGCUGAAACCAUUAGAGGUCGUGGUAAAGUUUCUACAAAACCAAUUCAAAAUAGAAAACAAACAAUCUCUGGUCCACCACCUUCAACCACCACCACCACAACUUCAACCGCCUCAAAUAAUGUCACUUCUGUUGGUAGUCCUCCAAAUAGUGGUAGUGUAUUAAAUUCAAGUGGUAGUAAACCUGUAACUUUUUCUUCAACUUCUUCUCCAGUUCAACAACAAACUUCUGCAUUAUCUUAA